UUGUGGAUAAUUUUCAUGUCCUACGGUUUCGUCUCAUUGCAGGGACUUUCCUCUCCAUCUCUAGGAUCUGGAGUUCAAAUGACAAGCUGGAGCUUCAGCUGCCCAUCAACUUGUGGACAGAGGCAAUAAAGGAUGACCGGCAACAAUAUGAAUCGAUACAAGCCGUCUUCUUUGGACCAUACCUUCUCGCUGGCCUCUCCGACGGCGACUGGGAUGUUGACACUGGAAAUUCCACCACCGUUUCAGACUGGGUAACUCCAGUUCCAGAGUCUCAGACAUCUCAUCUAAUCUCACUAUCACAAGAAUCCAACAACAAACAUUUUGUGGUCUCCAUCACAAACAACACCCUCAGAAUGACAGAAAACCCUAAAUCUGGUACCAACGAUGCCCUUCAUGCAACAUUCAGGCUUGUUCCUCAGGACGCCGAUGAACAGCUCUUCCAAGCUCCAUGUUGCAAUAAUCUUCUUGGAAAAUUUGUGAAGAUUGAGCCAUUCAACAGCCCUGGAAUGUAUGUGACACCUUUGUCAUGGAAUGGAAACGUUAUUCUCUCCACUUCUCCCAAGACAAACUCAAAGUCUACAUUUCGCGUCGUUUCGGGUUUGGACGGGAAUGCCGGCUCAGUGAGUCUGGAGUCCGGAGACCAUAAGGGCUGCUUUCUCUAUACUGGUGUGAAAUUUUCUGAGGGAAAAAAUGUACAGCUGAUAUGCAAGCAGAAGGAUGAUGCUUCUUCAUUUAAGAAAGCUGCGAGCUUUUCAUUAAGCAGUGGGUUGAGGCAGCAUCACUCUAUCAGUUUCAGGGCAAAGGGUGUAAGGAGGGACUUCAUUCUGGAGCCAUUGAUGAGCUUGAUGGAUGAAUCUUAUACUGUCUAUUUUAAUUUGACAAGAUGAAAACUGGGAAAAAGGUGAUUGAUAAUGUGUUAAUAAGGCUUAUUUUAAUUGGGGAAUGGUGAUGAUCUUUAUAGUUGAUUGUAUCUGUUCUGUUCUUAUAAAUUGUCAGAGACUCUCAUUUGUUAAUGAGC